AUGACGCCCGAGCUGCGGGUCGUCAAACGUCUGCUGACCAGGGACGACCUGGGAAAUGGCGUUUGGCCGACCACAGAGGAUGAAACACCAGUGCACGCCAACGUCGACCGAGCUACUCUGCGCCAGAUCCUACUGUCCGGCCUGGAUGACUCGAUCCAUUUUCAGAAGAAGCUCGAGCGAUACGAGAUCAAUGCCGAGAAUAAGGUCACUGCCUACUUCUCGGACGGCACCAGCGCCACGGGAUCGUGCCUGGUGGGAGCUGACGGAGUCAAUUCGCAUGUGCGUCUUCAGCGUGCUCCCAACCUCGCCACGAUGGAUGCAGGUAUUACGGCCAUCUAUGGCCGCCUGCCGGUCGACGCUGUCAAGGAGAUGGGUCCGAAAGAAGCUGUCGAGGACAUUUUUCUUAUCGCAUCGGACGAGCGUAAGGCUUUCCUUGGCCUAGGAUCUGUUAUCUUCCCAACAUCACCCGACGAGGCUGCAAAAAAACUGGGCCUAGGUGUCGAGCUGCACCAUCGCGAAAGCUAUGUGGUCUGCCUCGUCGGUGGCCGUCAUGAGUUCUUUCCUGAAGACAUACGCAAAGCCACAUCGGCUGAACUCCAGAGAAUAGCUGCGGGUCUCCUUGGUGGAUGGUCAGGCAACGCCGCUGCUCUGAUUCAGGCGGGAGGCUCUGAGUCGUUCUUCGCUGUUCGCAUGCGCACAAGUGUGCCGAAUGCUCUCGACAGGCCAGUCAACGUCACACUGCUGGGAGAUGCAGUCCAUUCGAUGACUCCAUAG